GUCACGUGUAGUCGUGUCAGCUGACUAGUAACAAAAAAAAAUAAGGAACCAGAGUGCUUGAAAGAAACAGAGAAAAUAACGCCCAUUUAUUUGAUAUAAAAACAACACACUGACAAUGGAGUCAACUUUAGAACAACAUCUGGACGACACGAUGAAGAAUCCUGCCGUGGUCGGAGUUCUUUGCACGGACGCACAGGGACACAACUUGGGCUGCCGCGGGUCCCUCUCUGAUGAGCAUGGAGGUGUGGUGUCUGUGCUGGCCAAGCAGGCUGCCAAACUCACCAGAGACCCCACAGACUGUCCCACAGUGUGCCUGGAGUCCGAUGCAGGGAAUAUCUUGAUCCGGACACACGACAGUAUCACAGUAGCCGUGCACAAGAUGUCUUCCUGAGAGUCCUCCCGUGUCUCGAAGCAGAAAAGCACUUGGGUUUCUUGGCCGCAUUGGAUUCCCUCCCUGCUGCAGGUUUUGCUGUGCAGGUUGUCCGUGAGCUUCCCGUUUAGAAGCUGUAGUAUACUGUACUUGUUAAUAGUGCUGUAAAACAAGGUAUGAAGUGCAGUCAUGCAAACCCGGAGGAAUGUUGUAUGAUAAAAUAAAAUCUCACGCUCUCUGUGA